AUGAGCCUAGAAACCUUGUUUCAGCAAAUCCUUCUGACGGAGCAGAAAGCUGAGGAGAAGCGAUACCUCAUGCACCAAGUGAAACAGAAAAUAACCCUAGCUCGAGAAAAAGCUAAGCAAAUAACAGAACAACUGGAAGAAGCAAAAAGAAAAUUGGAAAUUGAGGUUCAUUUGCUAUAUGAAAAGUUCUUUAAUGUGGAGAUGCUGAAGAAGCAAGAAGAAAGCUUAGAAAAACAGAAAGCUGAAUUAUUAAAUCAGAGGAGUAUCCUGCUUGAAAGCAUUACGGAUUUAAAGAAAAAAAUUGCCUUAGAGGAUGAGACAUUUUUGAAGGAAAUUACAGACUUCAACAAUGAAUAUGGGUUAACAUGCAAUAGGGAGCUUUUAAUUAAAAAAAGAGUCAAGGCUGAAAUAUGUGAAUUAGAAGAAAAAGAAAAUGUUUUGAGAAAUGAAAUAGAGUCAAUGGAGCAUGAAAAUGCUCAAUUAGAAAUAUUUCAACUGCAGAAGAAUGAAUUAAAGCAGGAUUUAUUUACUCUCCAGAGAAAACUCAAAGAUAUUGAAGAAGAAUUCAGGGAAGCUAAAUAUAUUACAAAACAGUUAGAAACAGAAAAAAUCAAUAUUUCAGAAAAACCACAGACUGAUCCAGAAUAUAAAAGGCUUAAAAAGGAACUGGAGAGCUACAGAGAAGUUGAAAUGGAAAAUGCCUGUGAGGCUCUUCAAACGGAAAUUGAAUUUCUGCAGAUGAAAUUGUUACCAAAAAAACUUCAGUUGGAUGAAUAA